ACCGCAGCGCUUCAUCUGUAAACACGUUUAUGAAAUGUAUAAUAUUAUAUGAUCAUUAAGUACGUAAUAUACGACUGUCAUUGAUAAAGUAAGCAGCCCGUGGUUGAAUCGCACGCUUGAAUGGCUCUGAUCAGGGCAGGAGAAAGCGCUGUGCUCGUGAUUAUGCUGUAAAUAUUAUCGAUUAUCGAUUGAUUGAUUGAUGUUCGGUUCGGAAUGGCUGCGGGUUUCGCUCCGCCGAAGCUCAAAGACUUUAUUCUCACCGAGAAACUGGGAAGCGGCACAUAUGCGACAGUUUAUAAAGCUUUCAGAAAGACUGACAGCAGGGAGGCGGUGGCUGUGAAGGUGGUCAGCAAGAAAAGUCUGAAUAAAAGCUCAAUGGAGAACCUGCUGACAGAGAUUGAGAUCCUGAAAACAGUCCGGCAUCCUCACAUAGUGCAGCUCAAAGACUUCCAGUGGGACAGUGAUAACAUCUAUCUGAUUCUGGAAUGGUGUUCAGGAGGAGAUCUGUCCCGUUUUAUCCGCAGUUGCCGGAUUCUUCCGGAAAGUGUCGCUCGUCGCUGCCUACAGCAGAUCGCAUGCGCUCUUCAGUUUCUCCAUGAGAAGAACAUCUCUCAUCUGGACCUCAAACCGCAGAACAUCCUGCUGAGUGGAAACGUGCUGAAGCUCGCAGAUUUUGGUUUUGCGCAGUACAUGAGCCCAUGGGACGAGCAGCAGGCUCUGAGAGGCUCUCCGCUCUACAUGGCUCCAGAGAUGGUGUGCAGACGGCAUUAUGACGCUCGAGUGGAUCUGUGGUCCGUCGGGGUCAUCUUAUACGAAGCUUUAUUUGGACGAGCUCCCUUCGCCUCUCGCUCUUUUGCUGAACUAGAAGAGAAGAUCCGCAGUGAGAAACCCAUCGAGAAAGCGCUGGUGUUGCAGGCGGUGCAGAAGGACCAGGAUGGAGAGCGAUCGGCUGCGUUAUCUCUCUACUGUAGUGCACUCGAACACUUUGUUCCUGCCAUUCACUAUGAGACGGACAGACAGAGGAAGGAAGCACUGAGACAAAAGGUGAAUCAGUAUGUUUCUCGUGCCGAGGAGCUCAAAGCGCUGGUCAGAUCGGACAACAAGAUCACUUUUGAGAAGGCAAAAUCAACCAGGAACAUAUUAAUAGAAAUGUCCAGAGAUCAGCCGCGUUUACUGGCUGCCCUGGAAGUGGCGUCCACUGCUGUUGCCCAGGAGGAGAGCGGCGCGGAGGACUAUGACACGCUUGAUUUAUACCAGCAGAGUCUGGGCGAGCUGCUGCUGGCGCUAGCAGCUGAAUCUCAGGGCCGGCGCAGAGAGCUGCUCCACAGCGAGAUUAAAAGUCUGAUGAGUCGAGCUGAAUACCUCAAAGAGCUGAUCAAGAUGCGGGAAACUCAGACGGACGAAUCGCUGAAGAAGGACGCCGCUGCUGAAUCUGUGAGAUCCUCUUGUUGUUUACAGUGAGCUGCGGGUUCUCGCCAUGGCAACGGAUGCAGCGUGUCACACGGCCGGAGAAUUCACAGCAUCUGAUUGGCUCCUGGCAGACGGUUUUCAUCUGAGAAAAAGACUUUCACUCCUGAAGGCAAAGAGUCCCGACUGUAAAAUCACUCCUCUCGAUU